AUGUAUAUAUUGAAAUUUGUUUACGAUGAUUUAAAAUCUUGUCGUCGAUCUUAUUUGGAAUAUAAAUCAAAAAUAAAAUUAAACAAUCGAUUAAAUGAUGAUGAAGAAGAAAAUGAAUUGCAAUUUGAAGUAUAUAGAUUUCUUCGUGCUAAAAAAUGGAAUACAACACAAACUAUUACAUCUAUUCUUGAAAUGAUACAAUGGAGAAUAGAUAAUCAUGUUGAUACAAUUCUUAAUGAUCAAUCUGUGAUAUCUCAAAUGGAACUUUUUGAAAAAUUAGUACUAACUGCUUUUCAUGGACAUACAAAAGCUUAUCAACCAUUAUAUAUCGAAAAAACAGAUCAAAUGUAUGUUGAUGAAAUACUUAAAACAUUUACAAUAGAAGAAAUGAUUCAAGGUCAUAUCUAUUGGCUUGAAUAUAAUUGUCAACAGGCUCGAGAUUUCAGUAGACAAUUAGGGCAACAUAUAGAAACGUUUGCUAUCAUUUAUGAUUUAAAUGGUAUGAAAUUAGAUAUAAGAAAAUUACUUCAUUCUUGUAAAGAAAUAUUUUAUGUUGACGAAAGUUAUUACCCUGAACGAUUAGGACAAACGUUUGUUCUGAAUCCACCAACCGUAUUUCCUGUAAUUUGGAAUUUGAUAAAACAUUUUCUUGAUCCAGUAACUAAAACAAAAAUUCUUGUUUUAAAAAAAGGCCAUGAAACAACAGAAACAUUAUUAGAAUAUAUUGAUUCAGAACAAUUAUCAUGUGAAUAUGGUGAAAAUUGUCAUUCAUGUUCAACUUCUCUCGAUUGUCUUCCUAACAUCAAUCAACCGAAACUCUUAAGAUACUUACUAAAAUAUCAUUCAUUUAUUGUAUUAUAA